AUGGAAUAUCGUGCGAUGAAAGUUUCUGGACGAAAGUUUGUGUCGAAAGCUUUCUUGAAAUCAACAAGAACAACUAUAACGGUUGAACUAUUCCCAUGGAUGGAGCUUUUUCCAUGUGUGUAACAUAGUACAGUGUGAGUUGUAUAUAUUUGAGCUAGGCACAGUUUUCAAUUGAUUAGGAUUAAGGUAACUGCACUACUUGAAAUGAACUGUUCAUAACUCUAGUUAUUGGAUCAGCAGGGAUGCUCACGUUCUCCUUCAGAAGCCAAUUCAGGAUAGUACUUAGAGUGAUUUUUAGUGAAGUGAUGUAGUUUCAUUGGGAAACAGUUUUGGAGGCAAACUUUCCUAACAAUAACUUAAAAGACACUUUUCCAAACUAUUUUAGCUUGUUUUUUUUUCUUGAAAUAUUUAGCAAUGUUUGAUACGCAAAUUUCCUCCCUAUGAAGACAAAUUGCAUAAUGGCUUUCUUAAAAAACUUUGACAUACAAUAUACAUUUGCAGUAUGUUGACAUGAUACUGAACAUAUGAACGGUUACAUGAUUUCGAAUAUGACGCAAGAUAAACCAAGAUACAGAAGUUUUUUCAGAUAAUUUGCAUCAGCAUAUAUCAAUAACUCGAUCAAUAAUUACUGUUACAUAUCUCAAGAACGAAGCAAGUUAAGAUACUUUGGCAAAGUAUCUUAUCUGGUCAAUUUGAAUUUCCUUUACAAUACAAUCAUAAAAAGAUGGUGUGAAAUUUCAUUGCAUACGCACUUUAGAAAGCGAACUGCAAGAUAACUUAAUUACUCUAAUAUUUGGUAUAUAGUCCUGAGUAUUAAGCCCUGGGCAAACUAGGAAACAUUGUUGUACAUGGAAACAUUUGUGAUUUUGUUUCCUCAAAUGUUUCCCUGUUUGCCCACCCGUGGAAGUUAACAUUGUUGCGGAAACAAAAUUUGCUUCCCGAGAAGCAAAAAUGUUUCCUACCAAAUUCAGAAACCCCAAACGGUAAAUAACAUACUAACACUCGACGUCGCGCGACGAAAUUCAUCCUUUCCCUUCCUUACAGAACAGAUAUAUCUUACAAGAAGAGACUGCAGUCUCUUAACAUUCUCCCAAUCUGCUACUGGCAAGAAUACCUCAAGAAUUUUAGUUUACAUCAAAUCCUUAAUAUUUAAAUACUAUACUUCGACCUUCUGGAACAUAUUUACAACCCGGACAACCCAAGAACAUUUAAGUCAGUGCAUGUGCGCCAAAUGCCACUGACUCCACUCGUCCUCUCGCUAGUUUAUCAGUAAGAACAUGACAGUUAGCCGAAGCCAAUAGUCGUGUAAAUGUAUUGUUAGUAUGUAUUCGGGAACCCGUUAUUGGAGAUUAUCUCAGACUCAGUCCCUGCCUGUUCUGUAUAUGUAACAUAAUAUUAUGUAAUAUUGUGUAAUUGUUUAGUGGUAUUUAUGUUUGUGUGUGUGGCAAAUCUUGUAAAAUAAAAUAAAUGUUUCCUAUAUAUAUAUAUAGUGCUUGCCCAAUCUGCAUGGGAAACACGGCGAAACAUUGGCAGGAAACAAUGUUUCCGCAACAAUGUUUCCUAGUUUGCCCAGGGCUUUAAACUGCAUGCAAAGAAAUACCAACGAAAACCACUAUCGUUGUCUGUUACGAAGGUCAUCAUAUGAACCCGGUUGGCUAUCUGAGAGCUCUGUUUUCAAUUUAGGUUAGUUUGGACCACCUCCGCGGUUGACGUUUAAUUGAGGUUUUGACUAGCAUAUUUAUGUUCAUUUCUUUCAAUAGACGCUAUUUUUCAUAUUAUGCAGUUCUGAACCUUUUUACCAUCAACCUUACUUCAAUCAGUCAAGUUUGUGUGCACACAGAAAAAAUAAAUAAAUUUGUUAAAAUUUAUCUAAGUUCUUUGUAUGUUUGCAUAGCGAUAAAACAUAUAAUAGUUUUGUUUGUGGAAACACCACGUAAAUUUAUUACUGCAAAGCUUUCGAUCCGUAAGCCAGCGGAUCUUCAUCAGUGCUAAUAAUAUGUGUCAUAUAUAUAAUAUGUGUCAUAUAUAUAGACAUAUUAUUAGCAUUGAUGAAGAUCCGGGCUUACGGAUCGAAAGCUUUGCAGUAAUAAAUUUACGUGGUGUUUCCACAAACAAAACUAUUAUAUUUCUCUCCCAGUACUUUCUGGCGUGCCGCAAGGUUCAAUACUUGGUCCUUUACUGUUUGUUAUUUACGUGAACGAUCUUCCGCAGGAAACAUAUACAUCGUCUAUUGCUUUGUAUGCUGAUGAUACUAAAUGCUAUCGUCCAGUUAGAUCACAUAAGGAUGAACAAUAUCUUCAAAAAGACCUUGAUGGUAUUAACAAUUGGUGUGAAUUGUGGCGGAUGGAUCUGAAUCAGUCGAAAUGUGAAGUUCUUUCGGUGACCAGAAAUCUGAAGCUAGUGCCGUCGAGCUACCACCUUAAGUACGACACUCCCAACAAGAGAAUCAAUGCCCAGAAAGAUCUUGGAGUGAUCAUCACAUCCGAUUUGAAAUGGAACCAGCACGUGUCCAUGGUAUGUGCCAAAGCAAACAAAAUGCUCGGCUUCAUUAAAAGAUCAUCAAUGGACAUUAGCAACGAGAAAACCCGCCUUGCGCUUUACAAGACAAUGGUGCGAAGCCAGAUGGCAUAUUGCACACAAAUUUGGUCACCACAGUCGGUAUCACUUAUCCUUCAAGUAGAAAACGUCCAACGUCGCGCCACCAGAUACAUUUUAUCACUGCCAUUCUUGUCAGGAGUAUCAUACAAAAUAGACUUGUCAAAAGUGGUUUACUACAUUAACAUACUGGCAUGA